AUGCUCAGCCGCAAAGCUUCUCCUGAGUCACUGGAUUCAUCAGAGAAUCAAGAAUCUCCAGGGGCAGGUCACGCAUCAAGUGAAUCCAUAAUCCCUCCUGGGACAAAUCAGGAAUCAGUUGGACUUGACCACAAAGAUGUUCAGGAGUCUAUUCUAGAAGAACUGCCUUCAUUGGAUUCAGUUGCUGCAGAAGAUUGUGAUGUUGUCGGAAAUGCUGGUGUGACCGAUUCUGACUAUGAUGUCAAUAUUAAACAAAAAAUUAAGGCUUCACAAAUUCCUCAGGGAUCCGAAAAAAUACUGCAAACACAUAAUGAUGUUAAUCCAUCGGUUAAAUCUUCGAAAAAUCAAAUAAUUCAAGAUGUAUCAGAAAAGAGUGUUUUCACAGAUGAUAGUUCGUUUUCCGAUAAUAUCCAAAAAGAUUCUGUUAGUGAACAGCAUCAGUCUUUGCAAGUGAAUUCUGUUGUGACGUCUAAUUCAGAAACGAAUUCCAAACCAAGUUCUCAUGUUACUUCACAACCUGUAAUUACCACCACCACAACCACCACCGCAGCAACAACAAUAACUAACAAUGAUGCUGUUCAUACACCGAGCAAAAUUGACUUAACUCUUCGGAGAAAUGUCGCUUCUGUAGCAUGUGGUGCAAAGAUGUUAGGAUUCAGUAGAGCGAUAAAAAACCCUGAGGCUGUACUCAAUGAAAACAAUGAUGAAUAUAUGAAUGUUCCGUGUAGCGAAGAAAAAUGGUUAAUUCUAGAAGUAUGCCAACCAGUUCAUCUACGGACUAUAGAGCUGGCAAAUUUUGAACUAUUCUCAUCACGGUUGAAAUCGUUUCGAGUUUAUGCUAACGAUCGAUAUCCAGCAAAGUCCUGGGAAUUGAUUGGUACAUUCACCGCUCGAGAUGUUAAGGGAAUACAGUCUUUCAGUGUUUAUAGUGGAAAAAUGAUCAAAUAUGUUAAAUUCGAAUUGAUUGAACAUUAUGGUUCAGAACAUUAUUGUCCCUUAACUAUGAUUAGAAUAUUCGGUUUGGGUUCCGAUGAUCUAGAUGAUGAUGACGAUGUUGAUGAUGUUGAUGUUAGAUUAAUGAAUGUGCCAGAAUCUACUUCAAAUCAUGGUUCAAUGAUUACUCCGACUAAGGAUAAAAAUCAACAUUUGGAAAACCAAGAAGAUGAUAUUAUUGCUAAAGAUGACAACGCAACAAAUGAACCUAAAGAUGAUCAAACUUCAUUGAACACUAGUAGUAGUAAUGAUGGUAUGUAUGAUACUAUAGAGAUAACGGAAGACAACAAUCACCACAUAGUCAAUGUCAGUACAUACGAUCCCGAACUAAAACCAACUAAUUUAGAUCUGACCAGUGAAGAUUAUCCUAACAAUCAGAAUGACGAUCAUAAUCAUGAAGACGUUGUUAACAAGUUGUCUAAUACUGAUUCUACUAACAGUGAUUCAUCUGUGUAUUCCUCGACUGUAUCUCACACGGAUGAUACCACAUCUGAUCAUCAUUAUCAUAAAUUAUUGAGGGAUCGAAGUAAGAAACAUUCGGGACGAACAACCACUGCAAAAAAUAUCGGAAAUCACAAUGAUAAUUAUAAAAAUAAAUUUUGUGGGAAAAUAGAUCCUAUCAAGGUACUUCAUAAACCAUUUUGUCCAGCUGGAUCAAUAAUGUAUCGUUCUAUAAAUCAUAUCAAUGAUCAUUCUAUAACAACUAAUUGUCAUACUUCUAAGGUUGCAAACAGCGAUUCACCAACUCCACAUAAAUCUGAUUUUUAUCCAACUGUAAAUAUUCGUGCUAAAACAUCAGCUACAAUGAAAUUAUCACCGCCUAUUGGUAAAAUGAAACAAAAUAAUAAAUCAUUACAAAAUAUGAAUACAAUUAAUCUAACAUCACAAUUACAUAAUAAACUAUUUAAUCAAGCUCUUAAUCAAAUGAACUUUUUUACUCGUUUGACAAACGCUAUAAAACGUACUGUAUUCGGUAUAUUUUUACAGUUUUUCCCAUCAGCUCAAGAUACUACCAAUCUGAUUCUACAUGAUAUUAUUCCAACAUUAGAAAAUUUCCAUACAAUUAAUUAUUUAUUCAAUCCAAUUGGUUUUUCUAAUCCAUUAUGUAAAGAUUCUAUGAUGUAUUUAACAAUGAAUCAAAUUGAAGGUUUAUGGUCUUUACGUAAAUGUCUUAUAUUAUUAGAUUUACAAUAUACUUCUAUAAAUUCUCAUUCAUUUACAUCAUUGAAUUCAAUCAAUCCAAUGAAAAUCAAAGAAUGUUCAUAUGCUAUUCAUCAAUUGAAUUUAACAUGCAUAACAAAUUCACAUUAUUUACAAUUUGAACAAUCAUAUUCUCAAUGGUCAUUAUAUGAAUUAGAUAAAAGUAUUGGACAUUUAUAUAUUGCAUAUUAUAUUAUGCAACAUAAUAAAACUUUAAUACAAUCAUCAUCAUCAUCAUCAUCAUCCUCAUCAUUAUCAUCACCAUCAUCAUCAUAUUGUAUUGAAUGUAAAUCAUUCACAUAUUUAUCAUUAUAUGAUAUUAAUUGUUGUUGUGAAUCGUUUAAUUGGAAUUGGAAAAAAUUGAAUAUAUUUCUUUGGAAUAAUACUAUUGAUAACUAUAAGUGUUUCAAAUUGCCAUCAUUUUUAUUAUCAACUAAAUAUUCUGAAUUAUCAACAUCAUCAUUUAAAUCUCCUGUUAUUCCUGAUCUAAUCGAUUCAACAGAUAACAAUAUAAAUGAAAAAAUGUUCAUUGAAAAUUAUCCUCAUUCAGCUGAUAUGAUUAUUCAAAGUCGAAAUAGUAAAUCAUCUAAAAGUUUAAAAUCAUCAUCAUCAUCAUCAUCAUCAUCAUCAUCAUCAUCAUCAUCAUCAUCAUCAUCAUCAUCAUCAUCAUCAUCAUCAUCAUCAUCAUCAUCAUCAUCAUCAUCAUCAUCAUCAUCCACAUCAUCAAUUAAAUCGCAUAAAAUUAAUCGUCCACAUUCACAUAAUGAAGGAUUAGUUGUACCAGCUGCUUUAGGUGGAUCACAUAGAUCAACAGCAUAUAUGCGUCUUAAUAAUCGUGUACGUAUUAUUGAACGUAAUGUUUCUGUCAGUAUGAGGUACUUAGAAGAACUUAGUCAAAGUUAUCGUCGUCAAAUGGAACGUUUAGCACGUUCAUUUAAUCUUACUUAUGCUUGGUUAAAAGUAACAGCUCAUAGUGCUGAAGAACGUGAUCGUCAACAACAACAUCGUAUUUCACAAUUAGAAUUACAAUUGAAUGAUUUAACUGCACGUAUAAAAUCUCGAUUAUUGAAUUCAUUACCUGCUUCUUCGUCAUCUGGUCAACCGGAUUUAACAUUAACAUCUUCUCCUCUAUCUUCCAACACUUCCAGUUCAUCAUCUUCAUCAGAAUCAGUAGUCACAACACCAGCCAAUACUGGAGGGACUGUAUCAAGUUCAUCUACUUCAAAAUCAUCAAAUUUAGUCACAUCACUUACUUCUCCACCACCAUUGCCUGACUUUGAAAGUUCUCUAGAUUGGAAUCCAUGGCUUAAAUCUCAACAUGAUGAUUGGUAUAUGAUGGCUGAUAGUGAUAUGGUUGUAGGUAAUAAUAAUGAAGAUGUUGAUGAUACGGAAUUUGAAUCAGAUGAUAGUUAUCAGACAAAUGAUGAUGUUUAUCUAUCAAGAUUAGAUGUUACUACUGCCACAUUGUCGAAAAAUUAUAAAGAAAAAUUUAAACAAACUACAACUGGCACUACAAACUCUAAAAGUCAUCAUAUUAACAGUGAUAGUGGUGGUAGUAGUGACAACAACCUUCUCAGCCCCAGCAGUAGUAGUGUCAGUAAUAAUCCAAAUGAAUACAAUGUAAAAUCUUUAUUCAAGUCAUAUUUAUCUAGGAGAGAUUAUAAAGAUCAACAUUAUCAUAUGGAAUCAUCAUCAUCAUUGUUCUCAGAAUGGAAACAGUUCGUACUUGGUUUGUUAUGGUUACAGUUCAGUUGGCCUGUAUGGUUAUAUAAUUUUGGAGUAUUUAUUCAUGAUUUCUGUCAAAUGAAUACAAUGAUUUUAAACACUGAUUUUAUUAAUGAGAAUCAUUAUUCAUUAAAAGAAAUUAAUCAAAAUUCUAUUUUUACUAAUGUAUAUAAUCAAUGUAUUCAUAAUAUCAAUUCAUGUUGUUUAAUGAAAGAAAUACAACUUCAUAGAAUUGAGGGUGAUGGCAUCUCUUCUCGUGUAGUUAAAUGUGAUUCUCAACUUAAACACUUUCCAUCAUUAUUACAACUGCCUACAAUUUCCUCUUCAUCAGACAAUAGUCAAUUCAAUAAGGACGAAUUGAAGUGUGGAGAGAAUGAUUGUCCACAAUCAUCUAUUUGUCAAUUGAAUGGAUGCUUGGCACAGGAAUCGAAUAAAUCAUCAAAUAGAUCAUCUCAUGAUCAUAAUAGUAAUAAUAAUGAUCUAGAGCACCAUCUCUGUACAUCAACUCAUCUAGUAACAAACUCCAAUUCAUCAUCAACAACAUUCAUCAAAAAAAUUUCAAAAUCAAUAAACAAUAAUCAUAAAAGAAAACACAAAAGAAAACGUGAAUUCGACAAUAAUGGAUUUAUGUAA